AUGCCUUUAACCAAGCUCACGCCGAGAAAAGAAGCCAAAUGCCCAAUGUGUCGAUUUAAGAAGUAUGGCAUGGCGGAAAUGACCAGGCACAUCACAGAAUGUGGGUUAAAGAACCUUGAGAGAAAAUACUUCUGUGAUAGAGAGGAUUGCAACUUUACCACUAAUAAGAUGGGGAAUCUUACAAGACAUAUGAAGAGACAUAUUGAGCACGAAGCGCAGAGUGUUGAGAACGUUCAACACAUCACACCUUUACCUUGCAGAAACCAGAUAAAUGACAAGGAAGCAACAGCUGAGAGCUCACCUUCAGUGGACUGCAGAGUAGGAAGUAGUGCCUCACAGGAUGCUGGUAAAGGAAAGGAAAUCUCGGACGAGGAAUGGAUAAAUGCCGACCAUGGGGAUCUGCGAAGCAUACUCGGCGUUAUUUCUGAAAUUAAUAGUGAAAAGGAAGUGGAUCCAAAUGCAACACAAGGUGGAAAGGACGCAAACAUUGGAAGAAUAUUUCGGAAACCUACCACUCCAAUACCGGUAUUUACUCCAAAGCGUAAGGACCCUCUUGUAGCAACGUCUGGACUUCCAGCACGCCCUAUAAUAAGAAGACCCCAGGUCUCUGAGAUUGGUACGCAGACAGGAAAAAAGGUUCGCAGAGUAGAGUCGACCAUUGCUAAGUGGCGGGAAGGUGAAAAGGACAUGGAGCGUAUCGUGAUGAUUGAGGAAGAUUGA